AGCUGGCUGCUUUGAACCCCUGGUGUGGGGCCCUGCUGCCGCCUACCCAGUGCUGUAUCCAGGCAUCGUCCCCAUCGCUGUGGUGGCUGCUAGCCUCCGUUUUAGCUGUUUCUUUCCCAGCUUCCCCCUGUGCUGCAGGCUGGGAAUGGUACGGUCCUCCCUCCAGCGCCAGUUGCUCCGUGGAUGUUGCUAGAAGGUGAAGGCAUCAGCGCAGGCUGGGGAGGCUGCAGCGGUUGCAGCCAGCCCUGACACAUCCCAGGAGAAGGAGGCAGAAAGGACCUGGCCGGGAGGCUGGUGCUCAGCUGCAGCCUCUUCCCUCCUGCUGCUGCUCGCGGGGUCCAGCAGCAUCAUUAGUGAGGAGCCAUGACCCAGGGGAAGCUCUCUGUGAACAACAAGCCCCCCAACUCUGAGGGGCAGGGGGAGAAGAAGGACAAUGCCACAGCUCCACCAGCUCCUCCGACCUAUGAGGAGGCAACAGCAGGAGAAGGGAUGAAGUCUGGUGUUUAUCCUCCUCCCCCAUCGGUCCCACUCCACCCCAGCUGGGCUUACGUUGACCCCAGCACGAGCCCAAGCUAUGGCGGUGGCGGGUACCCAGGGGACACAGAGAUGCUCACGACCUUCAGCUGGGAUGACAGGAAUGUGCGCAGAGUGUUCAUCAGGAAGGUUUAUGCCAUCCUGAUGGUCCAGCUCUUGGUCACUGUUGUUAUUGUGGCCUUCUUCACCUUCUGUGAGCCGGUCAAGGGGUACAUUCAGACGCACUCUGCCUGGUAUUGGGCUUCCUAUGCUGUUUUCUUUGUGACCUACUUGAUUCUUGCCUGUUGCUCUGGACCCAGGAGGUAUUUCCCAUGGAAUCUGAUCCUGCUGAGCAUCUUUACACUCUCCAUGGCUUAUCUCACUGGGAUGCUCUCCAGUUACUACAAUACCAAGUCAGUCCUCCUGUGCCUGGGGAUCACAGCCCUGGUGUGUCUGUCUGUCACCAUCUUCAGCUUCCAGAGCAAGUUUGACUUCACCUCCUACCAGGGCGUCCUCUUCGUGAUGCUCAUGGUGCUCUUCUUUGGUGGCAUCAUCCUGGCUGUGAUACUGCCCUACCAAUACGUCCCUUGGCUCCACGCGAUCUAUGCUCUGCUUGGUGCCAUUAUCUUUACUAUGUUCCUGGCACUUGAUACCCAGAUGCUGAUGGGGAAUCGUCGGUACUCGUUGAACCCAGAGGAAUACAUCUUUGGAGCCCUCAAUAUUUAUCUGGACAUCAUCUACAUCUUCUCCUUCUUCCUCCAGUUCUUUGGCUCCAGCCAGGAAUGAGUGGAGCAAGAGUAUCUUCUCUUUGCUGGCAAGAUGCAAAUAUGUUUUUAAAAAAAAAAGUUAUAAGAAGAGGAAAAGAGGGUUACAAAAAACAAACACAAACCAACCCACCCUUUCUGGCCCACUAGCAGGCUCCAUUCAAUCAGCUGAGCAAAGCCCCUGGGUUCCUUAUGCAGCUUGUAUAUAUGCUGUUAGGCCUUUGUGACCCAGAAAGCAAAGCAGGGCUUAAGUGUUAUGUCUCUUCUGCUCCCUCUGCUCCUACUAAGAUCAAACCAGACCAGAGACUGGGAGGCAUGAGACCAAGAUCUUCUUUUCCCCAGAGGCUGUCAGAGUUGCCUGUCUGAGUCCUGCACAUCAUGGGAUGUUGAAGUGCUGAGAACAGCUCUGCAAAGGGAAAAUAACAUUAAGGAGAGAGAGUAGGGAAUUUUGCUAGGAUCCUGGCAGGAAAACUAGCUAAACAAAGGAAAAA